UGAAUCGAAAUAAUUCGUAACUCAAAAUUCCCCGGCAAAGUUGGGCGGCUAAGUAACGUGUCGGAGUUAUCGAGUCUGUGAUCGUGAUUUAUGUUAGGAAUUCAGGUUUAUGCAUAAAACCCCCCUGCCCGCCCAAAUUUCAAUUCUCAAAUUAAAAGCUAACCAAAAAAAUAAAAAUAAAAAUAAAGCGAAUGGAUUGUAAUUGGAAGCAGUUGAAAAUAUCAGUUAUUUCUCAUGCCGCUACAGUCAUUACUCUUGGUAUGAUGUUUACAUCCGCAUUGAUGACAUGGAAAUUGCUGAUGUGUAUAACAGGUAGUGAAUUUCCCCUUAUUGCUGUGGUUUCUGGAAGUAUGGAACCUGGAUUUACCAGAGGUGAUCUUUUCUUAUUGUAUACAAGCAAGGACCCGAUUCAUGCAGGAGAAAUUGUGGUGUUCAAUGUUGAAGGACUUGAAAUUCCAAUAGUUCAUCGAGUGAUUCGGGUUCAUGAGCAUCAAGAUACCGGAGAAGUUGGUUUCCUCACAAAAGGAGACAACAAUUAUGGAGAUGAUUCGUUUCUGUAUGGCAAAGGUCAGACGUUGUUGAAACAACAUCAAAUCAUCGGGAGAGCAAUUUGGUUUUUACCCUAUGCUGGUUACUUCACGAUUUUGAUGACUGAAACGCCCCUCAUUAAGUAUAUUUUAGUAGGCGCCGUGGGACUGCUAGCAAUAAUUUCCAGAGGGUAGCCAGCCGUCUGAUCCAACAACAAUGAUGCCUAAUCAUUGAAAUAGGUAAUAGGUAUGCCCAUCUAUUGGGAAAAGUUCAAACGAAUUGUGGACAUGAACUAGAAUUGUAUAGAGGUGUCGUCAAGAUAGGCUCAUAAUUCAACCAGGCUUACAUUGACCUUCACGGUAGCGUAGUAUAGUUAAUUUGUUUUUCAUGUAACGAAUGUUACUUGUACCGAUCUUUUUCAUUUUCAUUUAUAGGAUGUUUUGAUCAA